GGCCAGCCUUUCAGCAAACAACUCAAGCAGGCAUAGACCAAGUUGCGCCCCCAAAUGCAGAACCACCACAGCUGACAGCUCCGAUCCCGUUAAGGACUACUAGUUAUAUGCAGCGAAACCAAUCCCGAAGCCACUCUGUCAUUGCCUCCAACGCUGCGUGGUCUCCCCGGCCAAUCAUGGGAGCUACCUCGCUUUCAUCAAGAGCGGCAGCUGCCAUUCUCCUCGUCGCCGUCGUCCUUGAAGAAGCUCGACGCCAUGGCGCCGGCGCGACGGAGUACACCGUCGGCGACUCCGCCGGGUGGACCAACGGCCUCAACUACCUCACAUGGUCGCAGAAGUACAACUUCACCGCCGGCGACACGCUCGUGUUCAACUACGUGGCGGAGCAGCACGAUGUGCACCGGGUGACUCAGGACGCAUUCCGGACGUGCGAGCCGGCGGCGAACCAGAGCAUGGGCGCGUGGGCGACGGGCCACGACCUCGUCAACCUCACCGUGCCGGGGGACUACUACUUCAUCUGCAACGUCUCGGGCCACUGCCUCGGGGGCAUGAAGUUCGCUGUCGCCGUGGUAGCGCCGCCCCCUUCACCGCUGCCUCCCCCACCAGCCCUGCUACCGCCGCCGCCGCCGCCACCAGCGAGCUCUGCGGGCGCGUCGUGGAACACACGGCGCCGCCCCGCGUGGCCGGAGGCGGUGCGGAUCCCAUGCCUCGCCGUGAUCGGCCUGCUCAUCCUUGCUUAGUUCAUCGUUCGGCAAAAACAAUUCUUGCAUUGAUUGGUAGGGUUGUUGUGCCAUAUUUUUAUCUUGGGUACGGUGAUGGUUGACCUGGACCGUUUCUUGGCGUUGGUUGGUUGGAAUGACCUAGCUAGUAGUGACGUGUCACCUGUCACGUGUAUUUGUGUCUACGAUUGAUGGAGAGCGAUGACUCUGUACUUUGAUGUGGCAAUGCAUUGCUCUUUGCGUCU